AUGGGCCCAGAUAGUAUGAGUGGUGGACAUAAUAGUGCCGGAGUGACCGGUGUUGAAAUUUUAAAGGAGAAUCUCACGUUUGAGACGUUUAGAGAAAAGAUCAUAGAAAAGGAUUCGAAUGGAGACGAGGUGAAAGAAAAGGUAUUGGAGACUAAAGCAGAGUUGGACCCAAUUCGGGGUCUAAUGUUGGAGUUUGUGACCAUGCUGGCCAAUUUGGAAAGCAUGAGCAAUAAGACGUCACAGGAGAAGUUUCUUGCGGUACGAGUGAAGCUCAUUGAAUUACAAAAUAAGAUACAAAAGUUUUCGAAGGACUUCCAGCAACUCCAGCCGCUAAUUCAGACGAUGGAACGUUUCAACGAGGAGAUUGCUGGAGAGAAGAAAUACUUUGUUCAGGAAACGUUAGGUUACGCGAGUGCGAAUCCAACUUCAUCUUCUGCUGGUGGUGGAACGUCGGCCUCUACUUCAGCUUCUGCACAAUCCAAGACUACUAAGAAAGCCUCUGGAGGUCGCAGGAACUCCGCAAAGAAGGGCAAUGCUGUUUCUGCAUCUAGCACGCCGAACCUCAAGCAGAUUCCAAACAACCAGCCCCAGCAGCAACAGCCACAGGCUCAGAUCCCACAACAGCCCCAGAUCCCACAGCAACCACAACAACAGCCACAGAUUCCACAGCAAAUGCAAAUACCAAUGCAGAUGCAGAUGCAGAUGAUGCCAGGUGUAUCACCCAUGGCCAUGGCCAGUCCGCUAAAUAACAUUUCGCCUCAGCGGAAACUAGCCACUACCAUGAACCAGAGUAGAGAAAACUCGUUGCAUCAGAACCAAAACCAGGGCCAGACCCCAGCCGGACCGAUGAUCACACCACAGAACAUUUUGAACAUGUCUGCCUUUGACAUGAACCAGAACCAAACGCCCCAGCCACCAAACAACAUCAAUAACAUGGAUUUGGCUAAUCUAGAUCUUGAUUCAUUGAAUAUGGAAUUCUUGAAUUAG